CUAAUACAUCCGUAAGUUCCCUCAUCUCUCAACCAUAGUCUAGGUUUUCACUCUUCGUUUUGCUGCCGUCUUCAGAGAGAACUAACUCCGAUUCUCUAGAAGCAAGCAGCAAAGAUGGUGAUGGCAAAGAAAAUGAAGAAGACUCAUGAGAGUAUUAACAACAGACUUGCUCUUGUGAUGAAGAGUGGGAAGUACACCCUUGGUUACAAAACUGUCCUUAGGACUCUCAGAAGCUCCAAAUCGAAGCUCAUUAUUAUCUCAAACAAUUGUCCACCUUUGAGGAAAUCUGAGAUUGAGUACUAUGCUAUGCUUGCCAAGGUUGGAGUUCACCAUUUCAAUGGAAACAAUGUCGACUUGGGAACAGCUUGUGGACGAUACUACCGUGUUUCAUGCCUUAGUAUCAUUGAUCCAGGUGAUUCUGAUAUCAUCAAAACCCUUCCUGGUGACCAGUAAGUGCAGAAAGCUAGUGUAUCCAAUCACUAAAUCAGAUUUUCCUUGUUGCACCGUCUCUUUUGUAUCUCUACUAUAUCUAGUUUAAGUUGAGUUAUAGUUUAAAUGGAUCAAACUUUAGAGGUUUAUAUCAAAUUUGUAAGGUCAGAAGGAUGCAUAAAUACUUAAUGUUUAGGUAAAUGAAAGUAUGCCUUCGCACUUUAUGAAUGUCGUACUGUGUUUUAUUUUCUCCAUCUUAGCCUAAAAGUUUCCACAACAUUGCCUACCUGUUAUUGUGAAACAUUUGCAUGUA